AUGGCAAAAAACUUUAACGAGAUGUCAAGUGGUUCAGCAUUUAGCAAUGUACUCAAAGCUAAGGAAGAUUUACAAAAAUCUUCUGAACAAUUAGAACAAGAAAAACGAUCACUUCUUUCACAACGUAUACCAGCAUUACAAGUUGAAGGAAAAUCAAAGGAAGAACUUGUUGAAAAGGCAAAACAAUUACAUAAUCUUCUUCAUCAAUUACAUGGUUCUAUUUAUGAAUUAACAGAACGAUUUGAACGACAAAAAUAUGAUAUGAUUGAAUUAGGUGAACGUGCUCGUCAAAUUGAGAAAGGAAAAGCUAAAACACGUAAAUCAAAUAUUGUUCAUACUGGUCUUGGUGGUGGUAUGUUUUCUGGUGUCAAUGAUGUUACACAAGGAGCACCGCAAAAAGUAUCACUUUUCAGUCGAUAUGAACGUGUUACCGAUCGUCGUACAUACAAAGAUCGUCGUGGUGUUUGGGCUGCAGAAAAAAAAGAAGCUGAGUUUGCUCCUGAACGUCCAAAAGCUAAAAUAAAACAUAAUACACCACCUCCUGAAGAAAAUCCAUUACGUAAAAAUAAAGGUGGUGCUCAAUCUAAAAGUGAAGAAAAACAGGAAGUAAAACUCGGUUCUGGACCUGUUCACGAAGAAGCCGCAGCUGAAGAAGAACCUGCUGAAGAAGAACCAGCAGCAGCGCAAGAAGAGGAAGAAGAAGAAGAAUAA